GCGAAGCUCAGAACUCGCCACUGGCUUGGUAGGUGUUCUGUGGUAUGGUUACGCCGUGCGGUGCGUUUGGCAUGGAAGCACUCGUUUGGACACUGACGUCAUGACGUCGGCCGCGUCGGCUCAAUAUCACGUCGUAGGUGUUCUGUGAUCACGUCAAGAUUCUCGAGGGUUGUCGCCACCUUGAAUGUGACGGGAGUUAUCAAACGGCUAUGAAUGAGAGCAGCCCACCAGAUGUCGGCAGCGGUGAGAAAGGAAAAGACCAACUGGUCGAAAACGGCAAGAACAAAGUGCCGAUCGAGUGCAAGUAUUGUUCGUCGCGGAUACUCAACGUUGGAGUGUGCGAGUUGGUCAGUACACAGUAUGACCUGCCAGCAGUGGAUGGUGACAGCAAGAUGGUCGAGAAACUAACAGACUUUUGGUGUGUUAAUGACAUCUACACCUUUGAAAACAUUGGAUUUACCAACACCGUUGGUCAAACAAAGUAUUUGGCCUGUGCUGACUGUGAACGGGGUCCAGUAGGCUGGCACAGUCUGGAGACUAGGAAAUCCUUUGUUGCUCUUUCAAGAGUGCGCCACCUCUGAAGUCCUUUUUCAACACCAAAACCUCAGUUUGGUACAUUUUGUGGACACAGAGUGCCUUGGUGAUGGUGUGUGUUGUGCCUAAUUCCAUUAGCCUGUGAAGAUGAUGAUGCACUCUCACAGGUUGCUGCCUACCAGAGACAACUCGAAGUUGUCUGUGCAGCUUGUCAUUUAAAAUCGUUCCUAUUCGUUAACCAAGCAAUUAAUGUCUGCAAAAAAAAGUGCCGUCUAGUUACUAGAGGCAUUUUUUCCCUCCGUCACGGCAUACAAUGACAUGGCGUCGACAUAUGAUGACGAUGAGUCAUCAUUUAUAUUUAAGCAAUAAUUGGGCUGUUUUGUUUGACAAAUAGCUGACAUGUUUAGUUAAAACCAUUCAUGCAGUAGGCUGCUGCUAGUAAAGAAUAUAACAAUAAUUUUUGAAUUAUAGGCAUAGCAGACAUAAAUAAAUACCCUGAGACAGUAGAAUUCUUUGUGUGGCAGGCAUUGUGUGAAUAAAAUUGCAGUUUUUUGUUUCGUGUUAGUGAUCUAACUUACUUCUGCUGUCAAUUUUCUCAUGUCAAUCAUAUUAGGCGCUCAGUGGUGCGAUCUUGUUCGCAUUUCAAAUUCGGAUGGAGGCAUUCCGUUUCAUCGAGUUGCAUGGGGUUGAGCCAUUUCAGCCAUGACGACUGACGUGACAUUCUAUGUCGCGUGAGCCAAGGUGUUUCGUGUCUGUUUUCGUCGUUUUUUUUUGGAUGGAGGCGAAGGAACGGUCAGAGAGAUUAUCCGAAACGAAACGAAUGGAUUGAAUUGUAAGCGUUUCGCGCCUUUUCAGUGUCCGGGCACUUUGAGAACAUGAGGUUUCCUUUCUCUGCCAUGGUUUUUCGUCUCGCCUGUGUGGCUUCUGUAGCCGAGGAGACACAAUGAAGCGAGCUAAAUGAUGCAUUUGAAUAGUUGACUGAAAAAUAGUUCUGACAAUGUUUUCGUUUGUUGAAACGAAUAGUGCGUAUCUUGUGCGACGAACUUGGCUCCAUCAUUGGAUGCCAGUGGCCUGGAAAUAUACACCAUUGUCGAAGAACAAAUCGCCCAGACCAUUCGGUGGUCACUCAACUUUGUGCCUUUGAUAGUAGCGGUGUUGCAAUAGGCCUCAUGCACUUACGCUGUGGCUCAGUUUUUCCUUUGUUGUCGUGGCCACCAUGUCUGUCUGUCCGUUGUCAUAGACAGACAGACACUGGGACAGACAGCUGGAUGCACGGACGGAGGAUUCAUGGUUUACCGAUGAAACCCUUUCAGACUUUGCCCCACUCAUCGUCAUUCACUCCUGCUGUGAUUUUUUUUCUGGGCAGGCUCUUAACGAUAUAGCACGUCACUUAGCUCCUGCUACAGCAGCCACUGGUCUGCGAAGAUGAGGCCGUGCCCCAGCUCGAUGGCUUUCACUGCAAGCUGGGGAUGCUCCUUCAUGAAGGCGAGCUCCACCGCGCGCUGAGCCAUGGAAAUGCGGAGGAGCCACCCUUUUCGGCUUCCGGUUGAGGUGCCCUCUGCCGUGCUUUCACUCGACUGAGCCAAUGGUAUUGAAAGUCUCGGCAUUUGAACUUAAAUAAUGGUGGAUACAUGAGUAGAGCAAUUGCUUGAAAAAGGGUUGUAACUAGUGUCACCACUAAACGUCCUGCUAAAUGGUGGUGCCGCCUAGCAUUGUUUCAAAACGAUAAAGGAAAAAUUUGUUUCAUUUGCGCCCCAUUACAUAUUUAAAAUUUGAAAAUUAGUAGUAACACAUUUUAGUUGUGAACAAUAAUAGUUAAACAUUCCUCGACAUGUUUGAAAUGCUUUUCAACUUGCUAUAUGGUCCCCAGGCUGACGUCAAAAUUAUGACACAGUCUUGCAUGUACCUUGUUUGCUGUUCGCUUCCCCUUGUUCUCGCGACCGAUGCGCACCGCCCACUUUUUCACGCAACGAAUGGAACGCCUCCGUCCGAAUUUGGAACAUGUACAAGAUUGCACCACAGAGUGUACUAUUAAACAAUGUAUCUCGAUUUCUUGAUGCUGCUAUAGGAUAUUGAGUUACUCAAAGUAAAGCUGUAUUUUAUGCAAAAUGUCAGUGAUGAGGCGUAAACUUAGUAGCCGUUGUGCUUUGAAGGGUAAUCCACAUAUUUUAACCGCAUAUUAUACACAUUAUGUUUUACAUGAUGUUGAAUAGCCUUAAAUUAGUCCAGUUAAAUUUUUCAUGUUUCGUAUUGUGCUCAAUUGUUAUUUUGCAGAAAUGUAGAUUUGGGACAUAACCAAAGCAGUAAUGGGCUGAUGCUUGGUAUAGAUGUUAAGGCAUUCAUUCUAUGUUUCUAGAUAAUGAACAAAAUGUAGUUUGCACCAUAAAAAGUAUUGUUUCUGUCUAUUCCUUAAAACAUCAGAAUUUCGUUAUUUUUCCUGAAGUCAUACCUGUUAUCAGAAUAAAAGAACUCUCCAUCCAAUUUUAGUUUUUAAUUUUAACUGUCAGCGUUGUUCCUGUAAUAAUAUUACCAUGUUCUUUCAUAGCUCUUUUUCUAACGCACUGUGAGUUGCAAAUUUUUUUUGCAUAGUGAAUUGGGCACAUGGGAGUUGUGCCACUGCCUAGCCCUCAUGUGGUGGUUACGUGACAUGCCCUUAUUGCCGAAAGGUGGAAGUUUGGUUUACUGUUGGGAUAUAAUAAAGAAUUGAAAGGUAUGCUGACCAAGUUA